CGCUGCACGCGUGUUCGCUGUGUUGCAUGCGAUGCUUUCCACACACGUUUCCGUGUUUCGAGCGCUCGCCAGUGUGUUCCGAGCCAAAUCGAGAUUGAGAAUGACCCUUCAAAACGGACCGGUGGUUUCUGUUGCGAAUGUCUCCCUGUCGACACUUGGUAGAAACAGUCUGAGAUGGGAUCUCACACCUGACCAGAUCAAAUGCAGGACUGACAAGCUGAUCCAGCGAAUAAAGAAGAUCUACGAUAGCAUUGGAGCGCUGGACCUGGAUAAAGUAUCCUUUGAAAACACCCUAAAGCCCCUGGCAGAUGCCAAAAUGGAAUACACUGUGUCGAGACAUGUUCUGGAUUUCCCUCAGUAUGUCUCGCCAUGCAGCCGAGCGCGCUCUGCUAGCACGGAAGCAGACAAAAAACUGUCUGAGUUCGAUGUGGAAAUGAGCAUGAGAAAUGAUGUAUUCCAGCGACUCCUGGCUUUGCAGAAGCAGCUAAAUGAUCUUAAGCCCGAGGCAAAGAGAUUAAUGGAGCGGCUCAUUAACCUGGGGAGACGAAAGGGACUGCAUCUGCCAAAGAACAUACAAGAGGAGAUCAAGUCAAUUUCCAAGCUGAUAAGCAAACUCUCCAUUGAUUUCAACAAGAACCUGAAUGAAGACAACACUUAUCUACUAUUUGGUGAAGAUGAACUAGAUGGCAUGUCAGAGAGCUACAUGAAUGGUCUGGAAAAGACAGAAGAUGGCCUCUUCAAAGUCACCCUCAAGUACCCUCAUUACUUUCCUCUAAUGAAGAGAUGCUGUGUCCCUGAGACUAGGCAGAAGAUGGAAAUUGCCUUCCACAGCAGGUGUAAGGAGGUGAACACAGUCAUCUUGGAGCAACUCAUCUCACUGAGAGCCAAGAUGGCCAAGUUCCUUGGCUUUAACACCUAUGCUGACUAUGUGCUUGAAAUGAACAUGGCUAAGAACAGCACCAACGUUGCCCACUUUCUUGAUGAGUUCUGGAAGACACUGAAGCCAGUGGGAAAUCAGGAGAGGCAAUAUAUCCUGGAGCUGAAGAGGGCGGAGAGUGAGCGGCUGGGGCGCGAAUUUGAUGGGGAGAUCCACGCCUGGGAUAUGCUGUACUACAUGAACCAGGUGGAGCAGGUCAAGUUUGCUGUGGACAAGGACAAGCUGAUCAAGUACUUUCCCCUGGAGGUGGUCACAGAGGGGCUGCUGGGCAUUUAUCAGGACCUUCUGGGCCUAACUUUCAAGCAGGUACACAAUGCCCAUGUCUGGCAUGACAGUGUGAGGCUCUACUUUGUCCUGGACACAGCCUCAGGGGAAGAAAUAGGACAGUUCUACUUGGACUUGCAUCCUAGAGAGGGGAAAUACGGUCAUGCAGCCUGCUUCAGCCUCCAGCCAGGUUGUUUGGGACCGGAUGGUGAGCGCAGACUGCCGGUGGCAGCCAUGGUGGCCAAUUUCACAAAGCCCACAAUCAGCUUGCCAUCGCUGCUGCAGCACCACGAAGUGGAGACCUUCUUCCAUGAGUUUGGUCAUGUGAUGCAUGAGAUCUGCACCAGAGUGGAAUUUGCUGAAUUCAGCGGGACACUGGUAGAAACGGAUUUUGUGGAGGUGCCCUCUCAGACACUAGAGAAUUGGGUGUGGGAGAAAGAACCACUGCAGAGGAUGUCCCGACACUACAAGCAUGGCAGUGCCAUCCCAGAUAGUCUGCUGGACAGGCUCAUAGCCUCCAGAGUGGCUAAUACAGGACUUAUGAACCUGCGUCAGGUAGUCCUCAGCAAAGUGGACCAGUCUUUCCACACAAAGUCUAGUGCCAACACUGCAGAGGAGUUUGCCCGGCACUGCAAAGACAUCCUGGGGAUCCCAGCAACUCCAGGAACAAACAUGACUGCCAGUUUCAGUCAUCUAGCAGGGGGUUAUGAUGGGCAGUACUACAGCUACCUGUGGAGUGAGGUCUUCUCCAUGGACAUCUUCUUUAGCCGCUUCAAGAAGGAGGGAAUUAUGAAUCCAAAGGUGGGAAUGGAGUACAGGAAGGUCAUCCUGGAAGCGGGUGGCUCUGUAGAUGGAGUGGACAUGCUUAAGGAGUUCCUCGGCCGUGAGCCGUCUCAGACCGCCUUCUUCCAUUGCAAGGGUUUGACCAAGCUGGAGAGUCCACACAACUCACACUGAAACAGCAUUACUGUGAAAACAGUAAUACAUACAUUUAAUAAUCAUUGUAGAAAUUCAAGACAUUAUGCAGAGAUAACUGUUGCCAUAAGGCAUUAUAUUUUACUUGUGCUUAGAAGUCAACCCAGUAGUAAGGUUUUCAAGAAUCAUACACCACAAAUUCCUUGUAUGUGUGAACAUACUUGGCAAUAAAGCUCAUUCUGAUUCUACAGUAUGUAUAGUCUGUACUGUAUAUAGGUAAGGUUAUAUAAUGAAUUAUUUGUCAGAACAUUACAAUUACAUUAAUACAAUUUUUUGAUUGGGGGUUGUACCAAUUUUUACUAUUUACCUCAACUUAUUUUUGUACUUGUUUGUGAGAUUUAAAUUAUCCAAGGUUUCGUUGUACCAGUUUAUUGCUGUGUCAACUUCCAGCAGGGGGAGACAGAUAUCUAUUAAAGAAGGAGAUUAAAAAUACUAAUUUAAGGAAAUCUUUACAAAACAGAUGCCAAAAUUACUUUUUUCGUGCUGAGAAAAAUAUUUCUGUAUUACACUGUAUUAACGUCAGAUCCUUUAUAUCGCUCAAAGCUGGGCUUUUUCCAGUUUUCAUCUCAUCCCAU